AUGGCUUUUAGGUUAAACACUCUCAAAGAGAAUCCUAAUGUUGGGUACAUUAUAGAACUCUUUCAUUUACUCUCUACAUCUAUUCUUUUCUAUAUCUUAAUCUCUUCAUAUCUCACUUUUAUUCUCAGUCUGUUCACCUUUCAAUGUUAUUCUCACUCUGUUCAUGUCUUUCUUGAUCUCUGUUCAUAUCUCUAUCAUUCUCACUCUGUUCAUCUCUUUCUUGAUCUCUGUUCAUAUCUCUAUCAUUCUCACUCUGUUCAUCUCUUUCUUGGUCUCUGUUCAUAUCUCUAUCAUUCUCACUCUGUUCAUCUCUUUCUUGAUCUCUGUUCAUAUCUCUAUCAUUCUCUUUGUUCAUCUCUGUUCAUCUCUUUCUUGAUCUCUGUUCAUAUCUAUAUUUAUCAUUCUUUCACUCUGUUCAUCUCUUUUCUUGAUCUUUCUUGUUCAUAUCUCUAUCAUUCUCACUCUGUUCAUCUCUUUCUUGAUCUCUGUUCAUAUCUAUAUCCUCUCUCUGUUCAUCUCUUUCUUGAUCUCUGUUCAUAUCUCAUCAUUCUCACUGUUCAUCUCUUUCUUGAUCUCUGUUCAUAUCUCUAUCAUUCUCACUCUGUUCAUCUCUUUCUUGAUCUUCUAUUCAUCAUUCUCACCUGUUCAUUCUUUCAGUAUCUCAUCUCUUUCUUCUGUUCAUCUCUUUCUUGA